ACUCGCUAUUGGAGCUAACUUCACAACAUAAAUGUUCGAUCUUUUUCAACUACAUCGAGGCUUGAGCUUUUUGGGAUUACGCUUUUCGACAUGGCUUUAAGCGUUGCACUACCUCUGGCGGGGUUGGAGACGGAAAACUUUAACUCGUUCAGCUCGUUCGGGCUUAUAGACAUAGCGGGCUUGUCUCAAUCGCAGUCGAGCCCGAGCCCGUCAGUCUCCAGCGAAUCAAGCGGUAUCGGGUCGCUGGGGUCGCUUAAAUCAGAAUCUGUUAACAGCGACUCCUUGCCAUCUAGUCCUCAAACAACAGAGAAGAAAAUAUUCGAACCCGUGGUGCAGCCCCAGCCACGUCCAAAAGAGAAGAUAGCUGAUGAUGUCAAAAUCAAUUACGAAGGACGCGACAUCCUCAACCUGAUGGGUAACCUCACGGACCCGCGGUGGAGCUACCGCCCUACCGUGCUGCCGCCGAACAACCCGGCGCUGUUCUUCGCCAACCGCUCGCAGUAUCACCGGUUGGGCCCGUAUGGAACUCGCACACAGUAUGUAAAGGACUCUUGCCGCCUCUGCGGCUUCUCAUGGGUCGUAGCUGCCACAGAUUGACGUGACUAUGAGUCAGCAUAAAUACAGAACAAACAAAUGUGAAAUGGGUACGACUGGAACACAUCAGGGUGCAUAUCAACUUCUCUAACUCUUACCGUCACUGGGUGGUGCUUGGUACCAUUACUAGCUGAACCAUGGCUUUAGUUCCUGCUUUUUUUAUAAAAUGAGUUGUGACUACUUGUUGUUUUUCAUAAAAAUGACAAGAAAUUAUCAUUUAUUUUGCUUGUUGUUAUCUUUUUGACUUGUGUUUUACAUUCUAUUUUAAUAAUUUGUUAUCAAAUAAGUAUGAAAUGUUUUACCAUGACUGACAUGAAAUUAUAUCAUGGUUGGUUUACUUGAACUAAAGCAAUGGUUCUGUGACACUUUCCUAUAUUAGUUUGUUCCUAUGCUGACCUGUUGUGCUCCAGUUCUACGGAUGACUGUGGAAUAUGUAUGUGACUAUCGUCGCGCGCAUUCGUAGAGUUACAUUUUAAACGUGACUUAAUACUGUGAUCUUAAUUUAAACAAGACAAUUUUUGACAAAUUCUGUGAAUGGAAUGCGUGACGAUUCAUGACUUCGUUUUGUUUUAACUUAUUUAAUUGUGUGAUAAAGUUAGGCUUAAUAAUUAAUAGUACGGACUUGCAAUGCCAUAAAUAUUUCCAGAUUUAUUCCAAAAAGCAGCAUUUCUAGGUCCCAGUCUCAAAGAAAAGACAAAAUUGGAUCAAACCAAAAGUAAUUCCAUCAACAAAUUAUAUUAAAGUAAUAUAUUUAUGCUACACUUAGUUCCUCUUAGAAAUGUUAAUGAUUUGUUAUCCAAAGAAUAUUAUAUUAACUAUAAAUUGUUGAACAUACAAUUUAUAUUGAUUAGUAUAAAAUACAAAGGGUGUAACUCAACCCCAUGGAUUUUGUGUCCAAUUAAUUACUCUUAAAGCAAUAUUUAAAUUAAUGACAUUUACUUAUGAUAUCAUAAUGAGUUAUUUCCCACCAUUACAUGUAAUAGUUUUUAUUUAAAUAUUGUUUUAUAAUAUUCUUUAGUAGUGUAGGAGAUAAUUUAGAUAUUUAUAUUCCACAGUCAUUUAUCAAUAGGAUCGUCAUUGUUUAAAACCAAAAGGCUGCUUCUCGGAUGUUAUUUAAAUUUACGAUUUUGACGAGAUAGGCACGAAUUUAAAGCCAAGCUGUAGAUUUAAUUUUAAGAUGUAAUUAUGAUGAUUGUUGGAUUUACCGUCCGAGCAUUACAUAAUAAUAGUGAUGACAUAUAAUCUAGAGGAUACAAUCUUGACACAUUACCCUUAACUAAAUCAACUUAUCAACUCAACUAUAAAGCUUUGAACAACUCAUUUGUAAUUAUAAUAUGAUGAGCCCAUGUGGAACAUAGUCAAAAUGGGUUAUCAGUGCAUAUCAUCACAAAUUAAUGCAGUGAUUAGAUAAUCUAAGGUAUUAGUAGUUGUUACAGACCGUUUUAAAACGUUUGAGUCAUUGAUACGCCCAGAUGCUGGGUUUCUAGUGAAAUUAUAGUAAGUGUCGUUAACAGACUGGCAAUAUAUCUAUGUACGUGCAUAUAUAAAUGUAAUAUUUGUGGUCUCUUAAUUUAGUCAAGAUAUUUAAUAGUGUGAGUCUCUUCAAUUACAUGUAAGUAAUGUAUAACAUACUAACUAUAUUGAAUAAUUGAUACUGUCCUUUUGUGCAACUUUAGUUCUGCUAUGUUGUGAUCAGCUUUAAAUUGGAACUGGAGUAUUUGUACACAAUAAUGUUGAAAUAUUUCCCACAUAGUUAUUUUUAUAAAAAAAUGUUGAUAUGAGACAAUACAGUAUGUAGUUUUCAAAAUUUUCCGUUACAUCUUAUGGCGUUUGCUUAAAGGUUUGGCAAAUAUUUUGGAAGGGACCAACAUGCGCGCGCAUUGUUUUCUCAGAACACUAUUUAUGUCAGCGUAGUAGUUCACUCCCAAGCUGUUAUUAAUUGUAGUCUUGGUUUUGUUUCACUUUGCAUUUCAAACGACUAAGUACUUGAUGUCGACCCAUGUCCACAAGCUUUCAUUUUCUGUUUUGUCUGUAAUCAAUGAACUGGGCUAUGAACACAAAACUUAAGCAAGUAGUUGAAGUUUACAAAUAUUUAUUUACGUAUUUAUGAUUCAGUGGGUAAUGACUGAACAUAUAGCAUGGAUCUCAGAAUGCAGCUAACAGUGAUACACAUUCGUUUAUUGCCUUGUGGAAGCCGCCCCUCAACGUGCUGUUGGCGAAUAAAUAAUUAUAUAUCAAUGUUUAGCGGUGGCUUCAUUUGCCUAGUGUGCUAUAUCCUCAGUCACACGGACUCACAAAAUGGUUGUUAUUGGUUAAUUUAAAAUCAAGUGUUGCAUUCAGAUUAUUUUUAGUUAUUAAUAUGACAAAGCUGCAAUCGAAUGUAGUUCAAAGGAAAGUAUUUGGAGCGAUACGCACAGUUAGUAGACUAGCUCUUGUUGUGAACGUGUCCUAAGUUAGUAGAUCCCCGUGCGCAGCGAGCGCUCGAGCGGCGCCGCGGCGCGACAACAAGAGAGGCCGAGGUGCGAUGCAAUAUUUGCAUUCCAGAUUUGUGUUUAAGUUAGCAGCCGAGGGUAGUAGUUGUUAAUGUUUUAUUUAAUCCACAUUACCAAAUAUUUUGGUUGUUGUGCUAUUUAUUUUAACAAAAUUUUCUAAAAACAUCAAUUUAGUACCUUCCAUUAAUAAGUGUCUUCAAAUGAUUUUACAAUGUUUUAAUCAUUUCAAUUUUAUGCAUUUUAUUUUGUUUUAGUCAA